AUGCCGUCCACGCCUGAAAUCAUUGCAGGCGCAAGCUCGUCGCUGGUCCGGGUCUGCGCCUACAUCUUUCUCCGAUGGAUUCCCGGCCACCACUUCCCUCCUACAAUUAUCACGGCCCUGGCUCUGUAUCUAGCCUGCGUCUUUGGUAAAUCGGAGGCGUUCGGCACGACCAGACCAUCGUUACACGAGACGUUCCCGAAGCUCUUUCCGCACCGCGAGAAUGGUACCACGCAACAGGAGGAAGCAGGGAGCCCAGAAGACCACGAUGAACCAGCUUUGUACGAGGAUGAGAAGUCAUUCUUCAAAACAUUUCUUUUUGGAGUACCAGACUGGAGAAAAGCACGAUGGAGUUAUAUUACCAUUGGCGUAAAUGUGCUUCUGGCAUUGCUCACGUUGGACAUGGUGUUCCGCGGACCUCUCUUGUACCCAGCUCGAGAUCUAAGCUUCACCCGCGUGGGAUAUGUGGGCUCGAACUCUGCCAAAGUUCUCGUCCGGGAGCCAGAUCCGGCACAGCUACCGAUGUACGUCUAUCUAUCACCGGCGGAUAAAACCAACUGGGAGACCACCGACACCAUCUACUACCUUGGACCGGAUACCGACUACACCUACUCCAUCACAUUCGACGGUCUCCAACCGUCCAAGAAGUAUAUAUACUCCUUGUCCAACGACAAGUCUGGCACCUUCACCACUGCAGCGUCCCCACAGUCCAGGGCAGCAGGGAGCUUGACUUUUGUCACAUCCUCUUGCAUCAAGGCAAACUUCCCCUACAAGCCUUGGUCUCAUGCUCUAGCAAUUCAUGGCUUUGAACAUCUUUCGAGGACCCUGCAAUGCCUCCCAUCUCCUGCUUCAUUUAUGAUGUUUCUGGGCGACUUUAUAUACAUCGAUGUUCCUCUGCGCCUGUCAUCCUCUCUCCAGCAUUAUAGGUCCGAAUACCGCCGGGUUUAUGCCUCUCCUUCAUGGUCGCUACCGGGUCUGGACACUCUCCCCUGGAUCCAUACCCUGGACGACCAUGAAAUUGCCAACGACUGGUCUGGCGGGAAUGAUACGGAUCCUUUCCCGGCAGCCUCAGACCCCUUCCUCCACUACCACGUUUCGGUGAAUCCUCCAGUCCCGCCAGGCGCUCCAACAGGUCCAGAGACGAAUACAACAUACUUCCAAUUCUCGAACGGUCCAGCAUCCUUUUUCAUGCUUGACACGAGAAGAUACCGUACUGCUCCUGAACCCGUGGCAUCCUCAAUGUCGAAACCACUCUACGGAUCAUCAGCCGAACCCUCAAAACCUCCAUCUCGAGGGCCGAACCACACAAUGCUUGGUUCUGCGCAGUUGGCCUCUCUCCUCAAAUUCCUUUCAACGCCCGAACCUCCACACAUCCAUUGGAAGAUCAUCGCGUCAUCCGUUCCAUUUACGAAGAACUGGCGAUUCGGCACAUCAGACACAUGGGGCGGCUUUCUGCAAGAGCGUGCUGAGAUUCUGACCGCCAUGCACGUAGCCGAACGCGAUCUCGGGGUCCGCGUCAUCGUCCUCUCCGGUGACCGACACGAGUUCGCAGCCAUCCGAUACCCUCCUCCCAUCGUCGAUCUAGCGGCACUGAUUCCCCUGGCUCAGACCCAGAAGGACACCGCGAAAGAGACACAGCUGUCGAGCAUCGUAUACGACCGUACUCCGCAGGCAGGGCCGCACGAGUUCUCGGUCGGCCCGCUCAGCAUGUUCUACCUCCCCCUGCGUACCUUCAAGCAGGUAGAUGAGGAAGACGUUGCGAUCAAAUAUUUGCCCGACGGGAAUAGCAAGGUCGGGGUAGUCGAGAUCCAGAAUCUCGCGGGAGAAGUCCAGCGCAGUCUGCUCAAGUACUCACUGUACAUCGACGGUUCUUUGGCGUGGGAGUACACCCUCACUAGUCCCUCAAUCGGAUCUCUACGAAAAGGUAAAUCCUGGGGUAGUGGUGAAAGGUGGCUGUGGAGUUGA